AUGACACUAUGGGGCUUCCACACCAAGCUGAGCGAGUGUCAGAAGGCCUGGCGGGCGCAGCGAUCCAGUAGCCGGAGCCUCGACCAAGUCAUGGCCUCCAGGGGCAUCAGACACUUCUGCCUCAUUUCAGAGCGGCUGGUGUUCUUCAGUAUUCUGUCAACAGUCACACUGGGAGCUGUGUCCUGGCAGCUCCCUAAGAAUGGAACCCUGUGGAGUGUGUACAUGAACUUCAACCACAAGCGCCUGGAGCCAUGGGAGGCGAUCAUCCCGUCGUUUAAAUACAACAGCGAGCAGGCCUUCUUUGAGAUGCUGGUCCCCACCACAGACACCGUGCGCUACGGCUACCUGAUGGAGAAGCUGCUAUCUGUGCGACGCUCUGUGCUCUUCACUGGCAGCACCGGAGUGGGCAAGUCAGUGGUUGCUCGAGGGCUUCUUAACAGUGUCCAGGAAAAGGAAGGAUACCUCCCUGUCUACAUCAACUUCUCCGCCCAGACCUCCUCCGCCCGCACUCAGGAGAUCAUUGAGUCUAAACUGGAGAAAAAGAGGAAAAACAUCAUGGGUGCUCCUGGUAACAAGAAGCUAUUGGUCUUUGUGGACGACCUGAAUAUGCCCAAACUGGACUGCUAUGGCUCUCAGCCGCCGAUAGAGCUGCUGCGUCAGUUCCAGGACUUUUCUGGCUUCUACGACAGAACCAAGUUCUUCUGGAAGGAGAUCCAGGAAAUGACCAUUGCUGCAGCGUGUGCUCCUCCGGGAGGGGGGCGCAAUCCCGUGACCCCCCGAUUCAUCCGCCACUUCAGCAUGCUGUGUCUGCCCACACCCUCUGAACACAGCCUCAAGCAGAUCUUCAAAUCCAUCCUGGGCGGUUUCCUCAAUGACUUUUCCCAGGCGGUGAAGGACUGUGCGGGUCAGAUUGUGGAUGCAGCUGUGGAGAUUUACAACCGUUUGAGCGUAGAUCUGCUGCCCACCCCAGCUAAAUCCCACUAUGUCUUCAAUCUCAGGGACCUCUCCAAGUGUGUCCAAGGCAUACUGCAGUGUGAGCCGAGUCAAGUGCGAGACAAGACCCAGAUCUUCCGUCUCUUCUGCCACGAGUGUCAGCGAGUGUUCCACGACCGACUCAUCAACAACCAAGAUAAAACCUAUUUCAACACCAUAGUUUCUGAGAUGGCCGGCAAAUAUUUCAGCAUUAACUUGGAACCCUCGUACUUUGUGACUCAGCCCAUUAUAUUUGGCGACUUUAUUAAGGUGAGCGCAGAGAAAGAAGACCGUCUGUAUGAGGAUCUGACAGACAUGGAAAAGAUCCAGACGGUUCUCCAGGACUACCUGGACGAUUACAACAUGACAUUCUCCAAGGAGACCAAGCUGGUUUUCUUCCAGGAUGCCGUCGAACACGUCUCCAGGAUUUCUCGGAUGAUCCGCCAGGAGAGAGGCAACGCCCUGCUGGUGGGGGUGGGGGGUACCGGCAAGCAGUCGCUCACCCGGCUGGCCUCCCACAUGUGCGGCUACCGCUGCUUCGAGAUCGAACUGAGCCGUGGCUACAGCUACGACAGCUUCCACGAAGACUUGAGGAGGCUCUACAAGAUGGCCGGCGUGGAGGGCAGGGACAUGGUGUUCCUCUUUACAGAUACUCAGAUUGUGGUGGAGGGCUUUUUGGAGGAUGUCAACAACAUGCUGAAUUCUGGCGAGGUGCCCAACCUUUUUGAGAAAGAUGAGCUGGAACAAGUGUUAGCUGCCACCCGCCCUAAGGCCAAAGAGGCGGGAAUCAGUGAGGAGAACAGGGAUGAGGUGUUCCAGUAUUUCAUCUCUCGUGUCCGGGAGAAGCUGCACAUCGUGCUGUGUAUGAGUCCAGUGGGGGAUUCCUUCAGGUCCCGCUGUCGUAUGUUCCCUUCCCUGGUUAACUGCUGCACUAUUGACUGGUUUGUGCAGUGGCCGCGUGAGGCGCUGCUCUCCGUCUCCCGGGCCUUCUUCCAGAACGUGGACUUUGGCAGCGAGGAGCUGAAGCAGAGAUUCUCCGCCAUGUGCGUGGAGAUCCACGUGAGCGUCACUGACAUGGCCGAGCGGUUCUACUCUGAGCUGAGACGCAGAUACUACACCACGCCUACCUCCUACCUGGAGCUCAUUAACCUCUACCUGUCCAUGUUAGAGGACAAGAGACAGCAGCUCAUUCUUGCCAGGGAUCGCGUGAAAAACGGUCUGACCAAACUGCUGGAGACCAAUGUGCUCGUGGACAAAAUGAAAGUGGACCUGUCUGCACUAGAGCCUAUCCUGAAACAGAAGUCCAGCGAUGUUGACACCCUGAUGGAGAAACUGGCUGUAGACCAGGAGAGCGCUGACGAGUCCAGUCAGAUCGACAUGAGCAACCCUGUCAUAACCCGGCCACACGUUGGAGGGUGA